UCUCAAAUAGUCAAAUUCUCAAAUUAAACAAAGGGAAUUAGGCCAGCAAGCAUGGCGGCGGAGACGGAGUAUUUGGAGAUUACGCUUUGGAUGAGCGAGGAUGGGGGGAGGGUGGUGUACGCGGACGCUGACGGCGACUUCGUCGAAACGCUCUUCAGUAUCCUCACGAUGCCCCUCGGCAAGAUCGUCAGUCUUCUCUCCCCUAACGCGGCUGGCGGUCCGCAGCAGCCUCCGGCGCUGGGUUGCAUGGGCAACCUGCACGGCAGCGCCCGCCGUAUCGGCAAACAAGGAUGGCUGCGCACCGCGGCGUGCCAGUCCAUGCUGCUGUCCCCCCGCAGCGCUUCGGAGGCGGCCUGCGAGCAGUUGAGGAUCAACCCGCAGCGCGCUUGCUUUCCGAACAUGCUGUACGCGUGCCCCUCGCCGCCCUGCCUCACCGGGCCCAACGCGGCCUUCAGUACGGUCCCGGGCACCCUCUGCCCCUGCGGCCGCACAAUGUCCCGCGCGGUCCAGCAGCCCUUGGAGAUGAAGAGCCCGGAGGACUGGUUGAGGAAGAGAGCGCAGGAGUACUGGGACGGCGGCUGCGGCGGUGGCGGUGGGGAUGACGAUGGCGGAGUCUUUUUGAGGGGGGGAGCAGGGUUUCGAUAUUUGGUGACGGACGAUCUGCACGUAAUGAGGAGCAGCACGGCCGGCUGCAUGGAGCUGCUCCAAAGGCCGUGGCUAAUUAAGAUCACCGAUCCCGGCCUUCUCACCAGCCGUCGAGUGAAGCUUGGAAGAGGCGAGGUUUGGGAGUUGCUGGAACGGUCGCUGGUCUCCACGACGCCUUUGUCGGACGUCUUCGCGGAGAAGAAAUCGUUGGGUCCGAGUCCGAAGGUGUUUCAUUAUCAGCAUAUCAGGUCUCUUCUGAAAAUUAGGGCGGCGAAAUCGGAAACGAGAAUAACCAUAAAUCUUAUUCACGACAAGGCCAAAAAAAAGGUAGUUUACGCGGAAGCAGGCGAAGAUUUCGUGGACCUCAUAUUCAGCUUCCUGGUGCUGCCACUCGGGUCCGUGAAACAAAUCGCCACGGGAAUAGAAUUUGGGUGCGUCGACAACUUGUACCGUAGUGUGUGCCUGCUGCACGAUCACCUUGUGCCCAACCGCAGGUUUGCUUUGACGGUGCCGGAGCUGAUGCCGCAUCACCGCGCCGAUAAGGACAUGUUGCUUGUCGAGGAAAUGCCCCACGAGCUCCGGAGGGACCUUUUAUGUGGGGCUUGCAGCAAGGGGGAGCGGCAUGAGUCUGCAGAUCCACCGGCGAGAGGGGGCGUCCGCUUAUGCGCAGGUUCGGACAAGUGCGGAGAGACGUCUUUGAUAUCGCUGAUCAAUCCGAAGACGCCGGUCUCGUCCGGACAGGACGUGAGAAGGCGCGGCGGAGGGUACGUGAAGGGACCUAGUAAGUUUCUGGUGACGGACGACAUGCGCGUGGCACCGUACUCGAGCACCUCCGCUUUGGAACUAGUGGCUCAUAUCCACGAUCUGGAUCUGGGGGUGACGGAGGUCUCUGUAGGCCCAGCUGAGGCCCUGUAUGUUCUGAAGGCUUCUGUGAUAUCCACCACAGCUUUAAGUGUUGCCUUUCUGUAGCAAGUCCAAGAGAAAGAACAGAACACCAGCAAUGCUAAGUGCACGCUACUAGACAUCUUUAUUUGUUACCCAUUUUUUCCGCAAUCCUUUAGGGGCUUUCGUCGAAAAAAGUUUUUGUCAUGCGACGCGCAUGGUUGUUUAGUUAGUAACUUUGCUUGAAAGAGGGAAGGGCCGUAGACGUGCAUGGUUGUUUAGUUAGUAACUUUGCUUGGAAGAGGGAUGGGCCGUAGAAACUAUUCGAUAAGUUGUAAUUCGUCUAGUUGUCCGAACUGAAAGCUCAGAAAACUAAUUACCAAAUCUCUGAAGUGCAGAAAAGUGUUUGUACAUUUAUCUUUGUUUUUUCGAUGCCGUUUUCUUCCGAAAAUGAUUUCUAUUGAACUUUUUUUUCUUUUUUAUAUAUAAAAAAAAUAUGUCCUUUGCAGGUAUGAGUUGGUACAGGCUGACCUUGCAGUUGCUCGAUUUAGCGAGCUCUCUGUGAUUAAUCUUAGAAGAUUGUUUGCCGUCAGAGGAUCGAGUUUUAUGGAUCUACAGAAGCAGCCUGUAGAGAACUCACCUCCUAAAAGAAGGCUGAGGAUAGACACCAUUUUUUAUUUUUUUAUUUUUUUUUUUUUUUGUCUUUUACACCUUAGUUUCCUAGCGCUUUUUGUUGUUCUUUGGUUGUGUAUAUAAUACAUAAAGUGGGUGCUUAUGUGGCCUCAUUAGCAUUUAAUUUUCACCAUUUGAAAUAUGUAUAUAAACUUACUGUUAUAAGCAGCUUUAUUCUUU